UUUUUUUUUUUUUUCUCCUGCACAUAGUUAUGGUACGGAUCACAAGAGAGACUGGGGGUAAGAGUGAGGAGUGGGGACAGGAAAGAAUGCUAAAUAGUCUUUCCCUUCCCUGAGUAUCCAAGCAAAACUUCCUCCAAGCUGCAGAGCUAGCUGCAAGGGAGCCCGUAGGUACUGUGAACAUUUGACCUAGUCAACACCUGUUUAGCCAAAAGCAAAAGCCUUCAGAUAAAUAAAGAUGUAAGUGUGAGUGAGAUAAGUUAAAGACUGAGUGAUAAUGGAGAUGUUAUACAAUCACCAAAUUACCUAUAUUUGCAGUUACUCGGUAAGUAGAAGUAAGGAACUGAUACUGUUGGCAUAAAACUUCCACUCACACCUUGCUGUGUAGAUGCUGUACUAGCUAGUUUUUACCCCAUGUUCAUUAUUAAACUCCAGCCUUGGAACCCCACAGCAUUCAUUGGUGUUGCUGUGGUACCUGUCCAUAUAAUUUGCUGUAACAUUCUCACAUUUCAUAAUAUUAGAUGUUCUACCCAUGGUGUCUAAAAAACUGAUGCAAGGUAUCUAAGAGAAGAGAGUAUUUGAAACCACAGCUUUAAAGGAAAACAAGUGUUGAAGUUAUUCUACUGCAUGAAAUCUAGACAAGUUGUGCUAUUGCUCUGCUUCAGCUUACUUCAUUUAUUCAGCUUUAUAUGUGGGUGCUUCAAAAAGAAAAGUAGUAAAUUAAUGGGAAAUCAGAUUCUGAAAUAAAGUGCAUAUUCUAAGUGCAUAUGAAAACAGGGAAGGCUAAGCUUGUGAUGGCUUGGAAAAAUAUUCUUGGGUGCUCUGAGUGUGCUGGUCCUCAGCUGUGGAGCAGUAUUGAGCGUGAGUGAGCCACUCACUGUCCAGGAGCAGCCCGAAGCUUUAGAAAUCCUUCCUGCAAUUCUCAUCCCCCAGCUCUCUCUGGGAAGAAGGUGCUUCUGCCAGGCUGGGUGCUGGCUCUGAUGUCAUGAAGCCGGAGCUCUGUUUAGCUACUGGCAUUUAUACAAUAAUAAACCAACUGGUCUAAGGGAAGGUUUCAGCAAAUCCUCCUGACCUGUGGUGUCUUAAAAUCUCCUGCUCCCUCAUGUUAAGGGAGCCUGUUUGUAAAUAGGGCAGGUCCCCUGCAUAAGGACAGUGUUUUUAUUCACACCCAAUGAACAAACACCUCCACCCACUGUUGUUGUUUUAAAAGACUCCAGCUGCUCAUGAAUAUAGGGUCAGGGAGGGCCGCCUAAAUGUUUCUCUGUGCUUUCUCCUCAGCACAGCCAGCAGAGCUGUUUCCUGUUCUUUGUUUCAAGGCUGGGGUUUGCGUCACACAUUCCAAGUGGCAUAUGUGGUGCUCUUUCCUGUUUCAGGCUGUUUUCUGGCAGUUCAGUAGCCUCGGUCCAGGCCCCUUGUCACUGCCCCUCAACUCCCAAUCCCCACCCGAUGAGUUAUCAUGUCUCUACACACUCAGGAUUGCUUAAGAUGCCUGGGUUAUGUCAUAACGAGGUUUCCAAGUUAACCUUUAACACGCCCCUUCAACUCCAAUGCAGUUAUGGGGGUGGACUGGAGUUUUUAGCUCUGUUCGCUGAAAACUUGAACUCAAGUCUCCAGAAAGUUGUGAGCCAGUUUUCUGCUCUCACUUGCUCAUCAGCUGAUCUGGAGUAGUGCCAUUAAAGUCACAGAGUUGCACUGAUGUAUAAGGAGUAUAUGUGAGAAGAGAGUCCACUUCUGUAGGCUCGUAUUUGUCAGAGGGUUUUGACUUCAGCCCUUACUCAACCUGAAUGGCUUACUAUAAGCACUUUGUAUUUCCAAUUCUCAAAAGAAGAAUGUAUUUUCCCCUUAACCAGGCUAGAAGAUUCAUUGUCUUCCGGAUGUAAUACAGAAAAUGAGGCACUGGUGUCUAACUUUUAUUUGGUAUAAUAAGUACUGCUGUCCCUGUACUACUUAAUCAGUAGUUGCAUUUUUGAAGGCAUAAAAGUAGUUGUUUUACUCCUGUUUUUAUAUUUAUCUUUCCCCCUUACCCUGUUGCAGGCAGACAUAGUAAGAAAUUGAGAGGAAAUUGAGAAAAACAUAAAUCUCUCUGUUACUUUGAAUCUGUCAGAAGAAGAGCUAAAGGAUCCAAGCCAAAGGUCACUGAAACAGAGAGAAAAACUUGCACUAACUUCAGUGUGCCCUGGAUGAAAAUGCAAGAUGGAGUAUUUAUUCUUCUCUGUCUCUUAUGGGCUGGAAUAUGCAUGGUUACUGUACACACAGAAAUGCUUCCACCCUUUCAUUUUACUCUUUUUUUUUUUUUUUUGCUCCAGUAAUUUUUUAGUCUUUUAGUUCCUGCUCUUACUCUUCUGGAUGUUACAAAUUAUCUGUUUGAGAUCACUGAUGGUAUCUUUAGGAAGUAUCUGAAGUACACACUUUAAACUUAUUUCAGAGCUUAAUUGUAUGUGAAAAGAAAAUUUAUUGUAUUAUGUGCGCAUAUUAACAGAAAACUGUUUUUUGUCUGUUCAGAAAUCCAGAUAAAAAGAAGUAUUUGGCUACACAGUUUUGAACAGAACCUCAGAGGCAUCAGAACAGGUGAAUAAAAAAAGAUGCUAAUGUUUGACCCAGUCCCUAUCAAGCAAGAAGCCAUGGAGCCUGUUUCAGUGUCAUACCCAUCCAAUUAUAUGGACCAAAUGAAGCCAAACAAAUACAGCGUCAUUUAUUCUACACCAAGUAUGUUGCACAAUAAAUUCUAUUCCAACCCUGAAGGACUAUCAAAUGGAAUCCAGAUGGAGCCAGUGGACCUUACAGUAAAUAAAAGGAGCUCACCACCUUCAACUGGAAGUUCUCCUUCCCCACUAAAAUUUCAGACUGUGCAUAGGAGAAGUUCACCUGGAUUGACUCUGUCCUCACCCAGCUCACCUCUCAGUAAAUACACACCGUCACCCCCAGGAGUACAGCCUCUCUCUAUGCCAAUAACAAUCCCACCUGUAAUGGCCGCUGCUCUUUCACGCCAUGGACUGAGAAGCCCUGGGAUACUCCCGGUUAUACAGCCUGUUGUGGUCCAGCCAGUUCCUUUCAUGUAUGCUCCCCAUCUCCAGCAGCCCAUCAUGGUGUCCACAGUUCUCGCAGAUGAGAUGGAAACUCCAAGUAGCAUGCAAGUGCCUGUCAUUGAGUCUUAUGAGAAGCCCACACUGAAGAAAACAAUCAAAGUAGAACCAGGAAGUGAACCAUCAAAGACUGACUUCUAUCCUGAACAAAUGUCACCUCCAAUGAUGACCUCAUUGUCUCCUCAGCAAGUAAUGUUGCAAGAGAAUCACCCUUCAGUUAUAGUUCAGCCAGGAAAGAGACCUUUACCUGUGGAAUCUCCAGACACACAACGAAAACGCAGAAUACAUCGAUGUGAUUAUGAAGGCUGCAACAAAGUCUACACUAAAAGCUCCCACCUGAAAGCUCACCGAAGAACCCAUACAGGAGAAAAACCGUACAAAUGCACUUGGGAGGGAUGCACGUGGAAGUUUGCUCGUUCUGAUGAACUAACGCGGCAUUUCCGCAAGCACACAGGAAUCAAACCCUUCCAGUGUCCAGACUGUGACCGCAGCUUUUCACGUUCGGACCAUCUUGCUCUUCACAGGAAGCGCCACAUGCUAGUCUGAAUGUCUUCUGUCCCUGACUCCUGCCACACUUUUUUUGUUUUUUACACAUGCAUUUUAAUUUGGAUUCAGCUGGUCUGGAUCUCUUGAGUUUAUACCAUUAAAAGCUUACGUAUGGUCAGUAACAGAUGUUAUCUAACCCUUCUAUGUCCUUGCCACGGGUCAGACCUAAAGAAUGUGAACACUUCUUUUUUUUUCUUCAGGGGAUGCUAAGCAAACCCUUUCUGUAUUCAAUGUGUUUAUUGUAUUUCAUUUGUGAAUAAGGGAAUUUUUAAACUAACAGCUUUUGUUGGUUUCUUCAUAUAAUCAACCCAGCAUAUACUGAUAAAAUAGUAAAUGUUAUUGAAUAUCCAAAAUGCUAGUCCUUGCCAGAGACUAUUAUUUAUGUGCCCCGUAAGGGAUGCACUCUCAUUUUAUGCUCAACAAUGCAAUGAAUGGACUCUCCCAGCUGUGUUGAUUUCUGCAAUGUGGUUCAUACAACAGUUUUAGAAAGACACCUGAUUUAGAAAUCCCCUCUGCCCAAACAGUGAGUAAUACUGAGGAAAUAAAUCUAAACAGUGUAAUUACUUUACAGGAAGAUUGAGUCAUAGUAUCAUUUACCCUAGUCAAGAAGAAAAAUGGGCAGGAAUUGGUCCAUACAUAAUAUGAUGCAUCUAGCCAAUGUCAUCUGUGUUAUAGUGUAGUAUAUAUCCUUGUUUUUACUGCAUAAUGCCCCAGUGGAUUUGUUAAAGGAAGACUUUGUGUGACUCUGUAUGUCUGGUUUCUGUGCAAGUGUAUGGAUGGAACGGCUUGAAGCUGAGUCAGGGGUUUACCAUUAGGAAGUUCUUCACCUAGAGGGUGGUUGGGCAUUGGAACAGGCUUCCCAGGGAAGUGGUUACAGCACCAAGCCUGACUUAAGCAUCUGGACAAUGCUUUCAGGCACAAGGUGUGACUUUCGGUGUGCCCUGUGCAGGGCCAGGAGUUGGACUCUGAUCCUGAUGGGUCCCUUCCAACUCAGCAUAUUCUAUGAUUCUGUGAUUCUAUGGUACUCUCCUGUGAUGUGGCAUUAAAUGGUAUUCAUGGAAAUCUACUGCACCUCAUUUCAGGGAUAUAGAUUAUCCCCCUGCAAUCAUGCCCCUGCAUUUCUUCUAAAUAAGUUUUUUCUCUUUGCUGUACUUCAGAAAGAAGUGAUCAUUAAGUCAAAAAUGCUCUGAACUGUAUUGUUGUAUCACUGUAAUACACUAUCAUAUUUUAAAUUAUUGAUCCACAAUAUUUUUAUGAGAAGAUGGCAUCAGAUACUAAGUACUUCUGAUGAUAAAUUGAGUCAUAUAUCUGUUUUGGAUAAAAGCAUAUACCAAAUCAUCCAGUUCCUAACUCUGGUUUUUGACUUUGGUAGUCUCUCAAUGGUAGGUACAACUGCUUCCCUGUGGACAUGUCUAUUGCAUUAAAACCAUGCCCAUUAGUGAACAGAACUCCAUAGCUAAAAGAAACUGAAUUCAAGCAACCUAGUUGCAGUUGCCCCUAGAAAUGUUCGUGUCUGGGAGCCCUCUGAAAGGAAGGUUGCUGUUUGUAUUAGCUGGCAGACUUCGUGGCACUGCAAGGAAACAGGAUGUAUUUCUCUACACUUCCACACAGAAGCACAUUUGCCUUCCCUGCCCUAUGUAAAGUAAGCACCAUUCCCUGUACAUUGAACAUUCUGAAGUUGGCUUUUCCUUUCUUUUGGAAAAACCCAGUGAACAAUGGAGGUGUGAGGGGAGGAAGAGUUUCAUAGAUCUCUGCAGGAGACAGGUGGUGUGUCCAUCUGCAGGUGGGUAUAUUUGAGUGUGUGGAGCAGAUAGGCUGUUCUAUAACCAGUGGAGCCCAAUGCCAAACAAUCUUGAAGAUGCAGGAGUGUGAGUGCAAAGAGCCUUUAUUUGGUGAUAGGACUUUACCAGCUGUUCUGUUGACAUCCACAUGCCUGUGGAAUUAGAGAAGGAGAGGUCUGUACUUCCUGUAGAAAAAUGCUCUGACAAUUACUGUUCUAUUCCAGCUCCAUACAUCCUCCGCACCUCGGCAGGGCUGCAUCUUGUGUCUUGUAACUCUCCUUCAUCUGCUCACCUUUGGUGCUGAAACACCUGGCACAUGAAUGGGUCUUUUUUCUUUCUUGGUGUUAGUGACAUUGAGAAACUUGUAGGAAAGAGACUGGUACUAAUGACCAGCUGUUCCAGAAUGUGGGCUUCCUGAUUUAUUUAAUUUUUUGUCAGUGGUAGCAGAAUUAACUCUAGGUUUUAAUGGCAAUUUUGUAAAUCCAAGCAUGUCACUGGCUGAGAGGCUGUGUGGAAGGAGCCCUGUGGCAUCAGUCACAAGUCUACAGACAUUUAGUACCCUGCGAUGAAAACAAUUCUCUGUUCUAUUGUAGAGGGGAAAAAACAGAUACUAUAAAAAUAAGCACCUUAAUGGCACCCGUCCCAUUUUUACCUUAAAAAUGCAAAUUUAUAAAAUUCAGAAUAUUAAAGGAACAUUUCUUUCUAAUGCUCUGUUUCUCUUCUGAGGCUUACAUAAAAUGUUUUCAUUAGUAUGUUUUCAAAUAUUUGUGAAUCAGUACCCCAAAAGCAGAACUUCUUUGUAAGUAAGAGUUAUUUCAGAUAAUUUAGUCUAGGUUAUUUGCCAUGUUAAUUCAUUAGCUUAUGUACCUUUUUCCUGAAAGUAUUUAUGCUAAUGAUGGGGUCUAGUACAGUGGAGAUUGAGCAAAACUUUCAAAUUUCAUCCAUGUGUCUUGCAAAUUAGGACAACAGAAAUUUAAAUAUUAAAUAUAAGUAUUUGAAAUUAUUACAUGAUAAUGCCUUCCUUGUAAAUUUUUCAGUUGUAUCUGUGGUGUCUUUGUGGGAUGUCUAAAAGGUCACAAACAAAUACACUUUUAACUGAGUGUGAAUUUACAUCUUAACCAGCUCAUUGGUUCAUUUUAGCAAACUUUGAUUUGAGGGAUACCUUGCAAUUUUUAAAUGUACCCUAUUAAAUACUUUGCAGAACCAGUCAUUCCAUCUAUGUCCUAAAGAAAACCAGUAAAGAUAGAAGAUCCUAAUCCUGGAGAAUGAGUAUAUUUAAAACCUCCCCACCUAACAGUAUUGCACUGUGCAGUGCAUAACAGGUAAUGCUGUUUUACUAAAAUGUGCCUGUUUAGGCCAUUUGAUUAUAAUAAUACUAGUUUCUAAUACAAUUGCAAGAAACUAAGCAGGUAUUAAUGUGUGGGGUUUAUUUAAAUAUGCACAUGGUAUUCUGCAGUGAUACUUCUAAUGCCAUGUCUUGUUCAAAUAUGUUGUCUCUGCUCAAGGUUAGCAACAUACAGAUGAACACAAAUCCUUUCUAAAAUAUUUACAAAGCAUUUUACAUCUCUUAAGAGAGCUACACCAUUUUUCACUAUAUUUUACACAUAUUAGCACUUAAUGUACUUUAGAGGGUCAAAAUAAUCUUUUUGCUUAGCAUCUCUCACCUGCAAAUAUAGCAAGGAUUUUUAUUUACUUUAAUACUUAUAUAAACUAUGCAGAAUUUUUAAAAUAAAAUGUAAUAUAUUUUAUAAGCUAAUAAGACAAAAUGGCUAAUUAAAGGUUUCUAGCGUGCAUUACUAUAACUUGCAAAUAUGGAGACAUUUUGGUAAUCUUUUCUUAUUAAAGAUGUGAAUGUUUAAUGUACUUUCACUGUUUCUACUUUGGUAGUCCAAUGGGAAUUCAGUAAUGACAUUUUGUCAUGUCAAACUGUGAACAUAAAUUUGUACUGUACAGUCCUCAUACUAUAUUUAGUAUAUUUAGUAUACAGUGCAUAUGUAUUAUACUUGUUAAUAAAACACUCGAAUGA